AUGGCUGGGUUUGCGGGCACCGCACUGGACCUGGCGAAUCAGUUGGCCCAGAAAGAGGAGACCCAGAACUGGGACAAGGCGGUUAUAGAAGUCACAUACACCUUGUCCGCCUCCAUCGCCGGUAUCGCCUACGGACCGCUCCUGAUCAACCCCCUUGCCCAUGCCUUCGGUCGAACCGCGAUCAUCUUCUGGUGUCUUUUCUUCGCCAUGGCAUGCGCCAUCUGGUCCGCCAACAUGACCGGCCGAGGCGACUAUGAACGCUUCGUGGCGUCGCGUCUCCUCUCACAGAGACGUAUCGCAUGGCUACCCUUCCGGAUCGGCCUCUCCCCCAUCGGCCUGAUGAUCGGUCUGUUCCAAUUCGCCUCCUUCGGCUGGUUCGUGGCGACCCACAGUCUCAUCACCGUCUGGCUCGAGAAGCCCGUGACCGUCGGCGGAUGGGGGUUUACCGCUCAACGGAAUGCCUUCUUCAUCUUCUCCCUGUGGGCCGGUCUCCUCACCGCCGAACUCUGGGGCUACCUGUGCAACGACCGCAUCGCGCUCUGGGUCUGCUGCACCCGGAACAAGGGGGUCUGGAAGCCCGAGUGCCGGCUCCACACGCUCUGGAUCCCUUCUCUCAUCCUUCUUCCCAUCGGCCUGGGCAUCAUCGGCGCCGCCCUGCAGUACCACCUGCACUACAUGGUGCUGGCGCUGGGCGCCUACCUCAUCACGUUCGCCUCGAUGAGCUCCGUGCCUGUCGCGGUGACGUACGCGAUCGAGUGCGUCGCCGCGCAGCCCACCGAGGUGGCCGCCUUCAUGGGCGCCUAUCGCCUCUCCCUGGGGCUGGUGAUCCCCUUCUUCAUCGAUCAGUGGGUGGCGCGCGUGGGCUUCGGUUGGGUCUAUGGGAUGAUGGCCUUCUUUUCGAUCUUCGCUUUCACCUUCGUCGUGGGACUGAUGGGCUUCGGGGAACGACUGCGCGAGCGCACGCUGCGCGGCUUGGCUGCGCGGGAGAUUGGGAGGAAGAUUGUUGAUGAUUUGGACUAAGAAGG